CAGCUGAAAGCGGUAGAAUGACCCUGAAGAGCGUGGAGGAAGUACAAAGGUCUGAGUCACAAGACACCGGCUCUCCAGAUGGUGACACGGUCGGGGACAUUCUGCCAGCCCUGCCUUCUGCGAACAACAACAAGGGACGUAGAGGUAGCGUACUACGCCGGAUAAGUAUGGGGACGAUAGGACUGUUCCAGCCGAAACAGGCCACACAGGAGGAGGAGCCCCUGAUCAACCUCAGAGACGUUUCCAGGGCCAGGAACAGAGUCCAGGACUACAUUCAUCAAACACAGAUACUGAGUUCCAGUAAUCUGUGCUCCAUGUUAAAGGUGAAGGUAUUGUUCAAAGCGGAGAACUUCCAAAAGUCGGGCAGCUACAAAAUAAGGGGAGUGCUGAACCACAUCAUUUACCAGCGUGAACAGAGACUACAGAAACGAGUAAAGGCCCGGAGAAGUAGCCUCCCUCAGACAUUUGCAGUGAUGACGUCAGGAGCUGGCGAGUUCGCGGAGGCAGCAGCUUGUGCAGCUAACAUGGCAGGAGUAAACUGUAUCAGUGUGGUUGCUAAGAGCACUUGCAGGGCUUCAUUGGAGAUCCUGCACCACUACAAGUCAAGGGUGCUGGUUCACACAACAGACAACCCGGAGUCAGUGAGGGACAGAGCUGAGAAGGAGGCCGAGGAGACAGGGUACAAGAUGAUACUGCCCUACGAGCCUACAGUCAUAGCUGGAUACGGUACUCUAGCAUCGGAGUUCAUGAAGCAAACCAACAACACUCUAGAAGCUGUUCUGGUGUUAGCUGGAGACGGAACUUUAGCUGCCGCUACCGCUAUCACCAUCAAAGAGAUAGACGACACAACAGACGUGUACCUCGUGACACAGUCAGGUGACCCGGUAUCUGUUGCCCUGGCAACCGGGGCCUGGCCAGACGAAUGUACGGAGAGAGCGGAGGAGAGUGUCGCUUCAGCACUAAACCUGACCGUGCACCCUUCCACCCGACCUGCAAUACUUAAACACUGUGAGAAAACUACCAUAACUGUGGACAACAACGGGAUAACAGAUGCAAUGAGGUUCGUGUUCGAGAGACUGAAGAUAGUGGUAGACGAGAACGCGGCUGCCUGUGUAGCUGCUCUCUUUACUGAACACUUUAUGCACAUCUGCGAUAGCCACGACUACAGGAGAGUGGGCGUGAUGCUGACUGGAGGUAACUGCAACCUACUGACCCUGCCCUUCGUUUUACCAAGCAAAUCCCACGAUUCUACACGUUGCAGAAACAAGUGAUGGAUAGAUCAGCGACGUCAUAGUACACUGGUGACGUCAGAGUUGCAGAAAUGACGUCACGAUGUUUUGUAAGCAGCAAUGACUAACAAUAUAAAUGAGAUUUGAUUCGUAUUUGAACUUGACAGAGAAUUGAUAUUUUUGUAAAACUGAUCAUUCAGUCGAUACAGAAAUAACCUGAUAUCAAUAGUACUGACAUUUUCCUACACAACGCAGAUAGCAGCUGAAUUUCUUCUUCAUACUUUCAUAUACUCUGCAUAGUAGUGCACAACUGUUUUAUCCAAGAUUAAGGCGAUAUUUCAUGCGAUGCCAUGUUUCAUUUUUACUUUUUCUAGAUGAUUUACUGUUUUUUUGAAAACCAGAAAAAUUAUGAGCCCCAGCACUUACUUGAAUGACACAACUAGGGUUUGUUUGUGUAAAUUUAUUAAAAUUAAAAUACUUUUAAUUGUGCAAUUAAAUUAAUCAAUUAGUUAAAGUCACAGAAUGUUUGAAUCUAACCUCGAGAAGGUGCAUCAGUUUACUUGAGGAAACCAUACACAUCUGUUUCAGGUAGGGAGAAACUGAAAUAGUCGUGGUUGAAAAAAAAAUUGAAAAAUCGAACGAUCGGGCUGUUAUCUUUUAGCCAAAUGCAAUUGUCCUGAAUUUUUUUGGUUAAGUAAAUCAUAAAGACAUCAAUGAUCAAUCAUAGAAUAUUAUUCUUCAGGGAAUGGAUGUUAAAGUAAAUAUAAACGUAAUUUUAAUACCUCGGCGAAUUUCACCAUCGGAAUUACUCAUUAAAAUGGUGAAUGUUGCUGUUUUUUGUUAAAUGUUUGCUCAAAAGAUGAGACAAAUGGUCGGAUGAUAACCCCAAACCAAUGAAAUGAUUUAGUUUUUGCGAUUGUUCACAUAUAACCCCUCCCCUGGACGUCAGUAUACACAUAGCUAUUGUGAAGAAAUCAAAGAUUUUCUAAACUCACUCUCUUUUACGUAAUAUGUGAACAAUCUAUGAUUUUGCGAUGUAUUUUUU